GCAGAUGGGGUGUGUUGCACCUUCUGUUUACAAAAAUGCUUAAACCCAUGUUCUGACCCCUAGGUGAACUACUGGCAGCAAACACAGAAAUGGACCACAAACAAGAGGCUUCACUCUCUGACAGCAUGGCUGUGAACAUGACGCCAGCUCCUGCCAUUUGGGCCGGGGAGGAUCAGCCGUCGCUGCUGGACCAGGAGGACUCGGUGUCGAGCCAAACCCCCGUCUCUGUGCCAUGUCCGGGGGUCAGAGCUGAGCCUCUCAUCCUCAGCAGCAGCAGCAGCAGCCCGGUCAUCACGAGGCCCCCCCGCAGCAAGUCCAAAGGCGAGCUGGUCAUUGUCAUCAACGAGAAGCUGAAGAACAGUAACGGGAUCCACUCGGCGCCCGCAGAGAGCCCCUCUCCGGUCAUCUGCUCUCCUCCCAGAAGACAACACUCCAUCUCCUACCCCCACCCCCACCACAACAAGACGAGGAAGGGCAGCAGGGCGAGCUCCGUCGGCUACACCGCUUUCUCUCCUAGGCCGUCCAUCUCCCGCCACUCCAGCAUCGCCACCAACCCUCCGCUGGACCGCACCAAGGUCAAAGACUACCUCUUCCUGUCCGUGCUGGCCUGCUUCUGCCCCGUGUGGCCCAUCAACAUUGUUGGAUUUGUCUACUCUGUCAUGUCCAAGAACAGCCUCGAGCAGGGAAACCUGGACGGCGCUGUGCGUUUGGGACGAGUGGCCAAGAUGCUCUCCAUAGUGUCUCUAGUUGGAGGGACGCUCAUUAUCAUCGCUUGCAUCGUCAACCUGGCCAUAAAUGUGAAAACCUGAGUUUCAUCCCAGGAUGAAACUGGAUAAGGCAACUGACCGUCCGGCCCGCACCUGUACCACCGUCUUUACCGCCUAGUCAUUACCUGGAUGUGUGACAAAUAUGCACCCGAUAUACAGUGCGUACUUGUAUUUCUGUAAUCUAUAUAAAUCCCUUUUUGCUAAUGGAAGAAAAUAAAAUAUGCAAAUGCA